AUGCUCCCCUCAGCCGUUGAAACGCCGUCGCCUACGGAUUCCAAAAUGCAGCUUUUUCCCAACUCUGGAGUCCCCGACGAGCUUGUCAAUGUUAAAUUUGAAGGAGCUGAGCUAAACAGCCGUGUUUUAAACACAUUCAGAUGUCUCAUCGCAGAUCUCUGUGAACAAUUCAAAGGUGGCCACCCUGGAAGUGCUAUGGGAAUGGCAGCAAUUGGUGUCGCUCUGUGGAAAUAUGUAAUGAAAUAUACGCCAGAAAAUCCAAAGUUCUUCAAUCGAGACCGAUUCGUUCUCUCCAACGGUCACACAUGUCUCUUUCAAUAUACUUUUUUACAUCUUGUCGGAUACAAGAACAUGACUUUUCAACAACUCACAUCCUACCACUCCGCAAGAACGGACUCGAUUUGCCCGGGACAUCCAGAAAUCGAACAUGAUGGAAUCGAGGUUACCACGGGACCUCUGGGCCAAGGAAUUGCAAAUGCAGUUGGGUUAGCAAUGGCUACAAAACAUCUGGCAGCUACAUACAACAAAACAAAUUACCCAAUAGUGGAUAACAUGACCUGUUGUAUGAUCGGCGAUGCUUGUCUACAGGAGGGUGUUGCGCUGGAGGCUAUUUCUUUAGCUGGUCACUGGAGGCUCGAUAAUUUGGCAGUGAUUUACGACAACAAUCAGGUUACAUGCGAUGGCUCUGUGGAUCUAUGCAACAGCGAAGAUGUCAACGCUAAAAUGAUUGCCUGCGGAUGGAAUGUGAUUGAUGUACACAAUGGCAGUUACGAUAUUGAGGCAAUAGUUCGAGCGCUUAUGGCAGCACGAAAUAACAAGGAUAAACCUACUUUUAUCAAUAUUCGGACAAUAAUCGGUAUUGGCAGUCAGUCUGCCGGCGACGCCAAAGCACAUGGGGCUGCUUUUGGUGCGGAAGAUGUUGCAAAUAUCAAGCGGACGUUCGGUAUGGAUGAGACAAAGCAUUUCCAAGUAUCGGACGAGGUUUAUGCUUUUUUCCGGGACUCGAAGCCGCGAGGAAGACAGAUCGAGACCGACUGGAAUCAAUUACUAAAAUCAUAUGCAACUGCUCACCCAGUACUAUACGAAGAAUUCAUGCUUCGUGUAGCAGGGAAGCUGACGGAUGAUUGGGCGAAGUUCAUUCCUGCGAAGGCAGAAUUUCCUACUAGCCCAACGCCAUCGAGAAAGUCAUCUGGGCUAGUUUGCAACCCUCUCGCGGAGAACAUCAAAAGUUUCAUGGUGGGAACAGCUGAUCUGUCACCUUCCGUAAACAUGAUGUGGAAAGGAAAGGUGGAUUUCCAGCAUCCAGGUCUGAAAACCUCGUGUGGUAUUAAUGGAGAUUAUUCCGGACGAUAUAUUCAUUGGGGAAUUCGAGAGCAUGCAAUGGCUUCGAUAUCUAACGGUCUAGCAGCAUUUAACAAGGGAACUAUCGUUCCUGUCACUUCCUCAUUCUUCAUGUUCUACAUCUACGCUGCACCAGGAAUCCGAAUGGGUGCCCUUCAAGGGCUGCAGCAGAUUCAUAUCGCAACACACGAUUCCAUCGGUACAGGAGAAGAUGGGCCGACGCAUCAGCCCAUUGCGCUGGCAAGUCUUUAUCGCGCCAUGCCAAAUAUCCUAUACAUUCGACCUGCCGAUAGUGAGGAGACGGCUGGUGCAUAUAUCGCUGCGCUAGCCGCCACCAGCACUCCUACCAUCAUCUCCCUCUCGCGACAGAAUCUCGAGCAAUAUCCACAGUACUCAUCACGCGAGGGUGUUCAGAAAGGUGCCUACGUUUUCAUCGAAAAAGAGGAAGCUGACGUGACCUUGAUUGGUAUCGGUGCCGAAAUGGUAUUCGCAGUGAAAACAGCAAGUCUCCUGGAGAGUGAGUUUGGCUUGAGGGUGAGGAUCGUUAGCUUUCCAUGCCAGAGACUCUUCGACGAGCAAUCCUUAGAGUACAAGCGGCAAGUCUUACGGUACAGAAGCCAGACACCACGUGUUGUGAUUGAAGCUUAUGCUGUCAAUGGCUGGGAGCGGUAUGCUGAUUCUGGCUAUUCGAUGUCUUCAUUUGGACACUCGCUACCUGGGGCGGACGCGUACAAAUAUUUUGGGUUCGAUGAGAAGGUCAUCGCGCCUAAAGUUUUCGAGUUGGUGCAAGACGUGAGAAAGAAUGGUAUUGACACCUUGAGAGGGGAGUUCAGAGAUCUAAAUGUCAGAAGCCAUUAG